AUGCGCGCCCAAGGGUGUGAUUGCAAUCUGAUGGUGGCCACGUCGGCGCCACCGACCGAGAACUGCGACAUCUUGGGCCUGGGCGACGGGGCAGGCGACGAAUGGCGGCGUGCGCAAGAUGCGUGGCACGUCGCCCAUCAGCAGAGCUCCUCAGAUGCUGAUGAGCUGAUCAGGAGGGCAGCGCCGCGUGGAGCAGCGGCAUCGUCAAUAUGGGAGAUGCCGCCUUUACGCCAUCGCGAACACCCGCUGUGUUAUGAUGACAAAGCCACCCACGACAGGGUCGGCUGGAGCCAGUCCGCAACCACGACCCGCCACGCAUCCUCCGUCUUCGUCUCGAGCAGUUGCGGGCUGGGCACCGGGGCCAAGGGCCUGGACCCAACGCUGAUGUCAGGUUGGCGGCAUCUCCUAUUGGGUGCCUGA